ACUAUGUUUUUUUCUUUUUUGGUUUUGUUGUCAAGAUUUAACACCCUCUUCAGAGCUGUGGAGGUGUUUACAAGUCAUUUUGGUUGUUUUCAGAAAGUUGUAAUCAGUUUGUAUCUGAACACAAAUUAUAUACCAUCUUAAGGCUUAUAAUUUGUUUCAUUUAAAAUAUUUUUUUCUUUCUGGAGAAACCAAUCAUAUUAUCUACAGUUACUUCUGAAAAAUGGUGAACUAGAUUAGCCUGGAUGGCUUUUUGAACCUGUUUAUAACUAGAAUGGCUAAAAAGGAGCGUGCGGUUAAAAUAGUUUUAAAACCAGAGGUCACUGCUAGUCUAACAACUCUUAGCUGAUGAAAACUGAAAUUGUAAUACAGUGUCCUUCAGAGUAGAUUUUAUUUUUUGCUUUUUUCAUGCUCUAUCUCUCAAUAGUAUAAUGUAUAGAAUGUUAGAACUUGACAUGCUGCAAGACCAUAGUGGAGAAUUUCAAGGACUGUUUUUAAAAACUGUAAGUUCAUUUUUUUUUUUUUCCAAAACCUUACAUUUGUGUCUGACUUGAUCUAGAUAUACUAUAGUUGGAAUAUUUGUGGGAAACGGAAAAGUUAAAGCCAGUGUAAGAAUGUCAGAGUUCUUGUGGAGCUAACUUCUUAAGCAAAGCAUAAGAGACUUCUGUCUUGGGCCUUCAGCCCAAUCCUUAAGAAGAUGCUUUAGAAAAGCAAACUAAGGCAACUAAAGUCGUUCUGCCUACAAAAUGUAGUUAUUUGUGGAAAGCUGAAGAUCAUCUCUUGUGUAUUACAGUGAGGAGGCUCUUUAAUGAGGAGUGGUCUCUAAUAUUUCAGCAAGUUGCUUAUAUAUGGUUUAAUGCUGUCUUGGUAGAUUUGAUUUCAAGAUACUGGGGGGGGGAAGUGGAGGAGAGCGAACUUGGAAUGCCUGGUUUACUUCCUGAAGUAGGCUGCUCAAGAGUAAGUGCAACUUUGUGGUCAUUUUAAGGCAAUCUGCCACCCCUAGCUCCCUUAUGCUGGCGGACACCAGUAACCAUGUGACAGCUUAAAUAAUAAUAAUCAUCCAAAUCAGUGAGCUGAUCUGGCUGACUGCACAACUUCACACUCCCUAGUGCUGGCACAAGGAAAACUCAGAGAGCGGGCAAGGCUGUCUGUUGAGGGGGGGACAGCAGCCUGUGGCUGGAUUGACUUAGGCUGCAGAAACGUACUCUGGAUAAAUAGGUCAGUUUUCUGCCCUCUAGAUUGUUUGCAAUGUCCCCAAUCCAUACGUAGUAUUAUGAAUUGCUGUUUUUUUAAACUACUUGGCCAUUGGUACUUUUUGGAGCUUCUGAAAUGCCGCAUUAAGAAAUGCUGGUAAUGUUUACCUGCCAGAGAGAGUUGUGCCUUCUUUGCAUUCCUGAUCUGAUACCAUCUCAGGAAUUGACAGACCAGAAGUUUGUUGUUCUGAGUACUCUUAGCGACAUGCGUCACUCUUUCGCUGCAGUUCGUGUGUACUUAAAGUUCGUACAGGCGGUGAAACCGUGGUUGUUACAGGUCAAGCACAGACAGGUAUUCGCCAGCGUCUGCCACGCUUUGAUACAAAUGUGUGUCAGUGCUGGCUUGUGGUGCUUCCUCUAGUCCGCUCUCAUGUGCUGGCUGCAGUCUGGGUGAAUUGUCCAGUUCUGCAAGAUGAGCUAAUGAAGUCUGGGAUAAACCAGCUUCCAUCUUUCAGUGGAUUGGACCUAUCCCAUGAGGAGAGAGAUGCAGGAAAUUUUACCUGGGUUAUUUUUAGGCCCGUAUUCUUCAGCUAUGAAAAGCAAGCUACCUAUACUUCAGAAACAUGGCAUAACCCAUGUAAUAUGCAUACGGCAAAACAUUGAAGCAAAUUUUAUUAAACCAAACUUCCAGCAGUUAUUUAGGUAUUUAGUCUUGGAUAUUGCAGAUAAUCCAGUUGAGAAUAUAAUACGAUUUUUCCCUAUGACUAAAGAAUUUAUUGAUGGAAGUUUACAAAGUGGAGGAAAAGUUCUUGUCCAUGGAAAUGCAGGGAUUUCUAGAAGUGCUGCCUUAGUUAUUGCAUACAUAAUGGAAACAUUUGGAGUGAAGUACAGGGAUGCAUUUACUUAUGUUCAAGAAAGAAGAUUCUGUAUUAAUCCGAAUGCUGGAUUUGUCCAUCAACUUCAGGAAUAUGAAGCCAUCUAUCUAGCAAAAUUAACCAUCCAGAUGAUGUCACCACUGCAAUUGGAGAGAUCCCUUGCGGUUCCACCUGGUACUACAGGUCAGAAGCCUCUCCUGUUGUGUGUGAUGCUGCCUGUCUUACCCGCUGUUGCAAGGAAGUUUAAAGCGAAUGCAUGAAGAGGAUGAAGAACUCGGAACCAUGCAAGUGGCAGCAGCACAGAACGGAUGAUAUCUGAGGACAAGCACUGUUUGUAUUGUGAAUCCCUGCCAAGAAAGGUGAAGAAAACUAGGGAAAAAGAAUCAAUAAUGCAAAGUGAUGAACACACACAUAGCUUCUUUUCAAUUACAUGUUGCUUUCAGAUGUAAAUCUGCCUCUGCAACACACUAAGCAUCAUUUUUAAGAUGUCGGACUUCUUGAAUGAAUAGAUGGCACUGAUUGUUUUACUCCUUUUUUACACUUUACAGUUUUAUUCUAAACCAAGAUUUUUGGACUUGCAAAGAGGUAUUAUUGCAAUAAUGCACUUUUCAUACUUGAAAUUUCUUUAUUUGUAUGAUAUAAAGUUAUUACUUUAAACAAAAUGCAAGCGGGGGGGAUUUGUUUAUAAAGUUAUUUGUGUAAUUUAUAACAAGAGACUUUAGUAAAGAAAAAGUUUGCUAAAA